AUGAAUAACCAACAAAAUAAUAAUAAUACUAUUCAUAUAUUUAAUCACCAAUAUAUUGCAUUAUAUAUAAUACAAUUUAUUAAAGAGGAUAUAGAUAGAUUAUGUUUAUUGACUAGUUGCAAGAGCUUGUAUGCAAAGUCAUCAAGUUUAAUAUUGUUUGGAGGAUUGGAUACUAUUGAUCAGAAGAAGAAGAAGAAGAAUUCAAAGAUUGAUGCAUCAAAAUUAAAUUGUACAUCAUUUCAUUUACAUUCUUUUAUUAGUUCACAUCAAUAUAUUCAGUCGACUGUGUAUCGUGUGCCAGCGGGACGACCACCUGUCAAGGACAUCAAUAGUUUUGCUACACGCAAAAACACACCUCUACCGCCACUACCCUUGGAACCUUGGAAAACAAAGGUUGUAGUGUUUAACGAUCACCAUCCUAUUGGACAUUUAAAGAUCAAUACACUGGUCAAUGUAACACACCUCUUUAUCGGCGGAGAGUACAAUGAACCAUUGACACCAAACUCGUUGCCGCCAGCACUCGUCCAUCUCGAGUUGAGCGAUCAAUUCGACUAUCCAAUCUAUCCCGGUCUUUUACCCAAUACAUUGUGUCACCUUGUAUUUGGUAAGAGAUACAACCAAGCUUUGCAAAAGGGGUCGUUGCCCGACUCGAUCACAAACCUAACAUUUGGUUUCUAUUUCAACUAUCCGUUGUUAAGUGAGGAUCUACCCAAAUCACUCAAGCAACUGUGUCUUGGUGACGGAUACCAAUGUUCAUCGGUCAAACUCACCGAGUGUGAACAUCUGCAAUCACUGUCAUUUGGGUAUUCUGGAUAUUGUAAUGCUGACCUUUGCAAUGCCAUCCCUCAUACACUUACACAUUUGGAUAUUGGAAAUAUACUCCAUUUACCAAUGGUUGUGGGUGAAGGCGGCGAUACCACUACUACUGCCAAACCAUCAUUGGCACAAUUCGAGUCACUUUGUCAUUUAGUGUUGGUAGUCCAACACAAUCAACCACCUCCUAUCCUUCCACCUAAUCUCACCCGUCUUGAAUUCCUCAUCCACCCCAAUGUACUUCCAUCAACACUUGUCCAUCUCGAGUUUGGAUCUCGAUACGAUAUCCCCUUUUACAAGGGGUUCCUCCCAACCAACCUCAAACGUCUCAUUCUUGGUCAAUCCAUUAUCAGUCUCCCUCUUUUGUCUUGGAUACCAAUGCUUCCACCAAACCUUAAAUACCUACAGUUGGAUGAAUACUUUCACAAAAACAUUGAUACUUGUCUUCUUCCUCCUUUCCUCAAGACACUCAUCAUCACUCGUUAUAUUUCAAAUCAAAAAUAUCAUUUUGAAAUUGAUUUAAAUAUUAAAAAUAAUAAUAAUAAUAGUAGUAGUAGUAUCCUCAACAUUUCAUUUAAUAAUGUCGAUCUUUUGUCACAAGCAGAUAGAGUCACCAUACCAACAAAGGAUUUAACCUUUUAUAUCAGAAGAGAUAAAGAUAAAUCAACAACACAAGACAAUUCCAAUUCUAGCCAACACCACCACAACCACAUAAUUAUUUGUUUUGUUUUUGAAUUAAAAUUUAUAAGAUUUAGAGAAAUGUCAGUCGGUCAGCCACCUGUAUCUCAUCAAGUGAUAGGGUAUCAUUUGAUCGAUGUCAUAAGAUCAGGGUAUCAUUUGAUCAGGGUAUCAUUUGAUCAUGUGAUCGGGUAUCAUUUGAUCAGGGUAUCAUGCGAUAGGUAUCAUCUGAUAGGUAUCAUUUGA